CUAUUCACACACACACACAGAAAAAGGGAAUACGCACAGCGAGUGGGAGAGAGAGAUCCUGAAAUUGGAAAGAUGCCGGUGAUGGAUAAGCUGAAGAUUUUCGUUGUACAAGAGCCUGUUGUGGCGGCUUCUUGCCUCAUCGCUGGCGUUGGACUCUUCCUUCCGGCUGUUGUGAGGCCUAUAUUGGAUUCCUAUGGCGCAUCCAACCAAGGGCCCAAGACUUGUAUGAGUGAUAUAGUUGCUACUAUGAUUGAGAAGAAGAGAUAAACGUCAGAUUGGGCAAUUUUUCUGUUACUAUGCAGCUCCUUGAGAAUAAAUUCAACCCAAAUCUCCAUCUUCUAUAAAUGUUAUCUUUUACAUCCUACUUUGUAAAAGGACGAGAAGACUUAUAUGCUACUCCUAGCAUAGACAUUGUCACAUGUAACAAAUUUACAAAGUUUCAGUCACAUAAUUGUUGUAUGGUAUUUUAUUUUUCAUUGAAAUUUUCUGGUUCUUGCUGCCA